CCCCCCUCUCUGUCUCUCUCUCUCUCUAAUCAAUUCGACUCUCUCUCUCCGGCGGCUCGUGAAGUCUCGUUUAGCCGGCUGCUUGCGGCGGUAAAAGACUUGCACAGAGUCCCCUGAUGGAGCAGCAGCAGCAGCAGCAGCAGGUGCUCGAUUCCCCGGUCGAUGUCCCGGUCCUAUCGGAGAACUGCAACAGGAGCGCCAACUUGGAGCACAAGUGCACCACGGCUGCUCCCCCUCCGAAACCCCCGCAAUCGCAAGAGAGCUGUCGGGUUUCUCCGGUCCCCGGCGAGCUGCGCAAGCCCAGCACGCCCGAUCGCCUCAAAGUCCCCAAGGCUUUCAAGUACCCCGAAAGGUAUCGAAGCCCGACUGAUCUGAUGGUGUCUCCCGUCACAAAAGGCCUCCUUGCCCGAAGCAGAAAAGGCGGCGCCGUCUUGCCUCCUAGUAAAGAUCAGCUCAAGGUUCCGGACUUGCGGGUUCAAGAUGCGGGUCUCUUUCAUUAACUCUGCGGUGAAUGAUUAUGCGGCUCGGCACCUCUGAUCUGAUAUAACAUGAGAUCGAAUUUGCCUGCACUGUUGGUGAUGCAGGAAAAGUCUUAUGGGAUUCUGUGGGAAAGAUCAGCUUGUUUUUUUCUUUUGACUGAUGGUGUACCAUCUGAUUGUAAUAUUCUUUUGAUAAGACAAUUUCUCUGUCGCAUUAUGCAAUGUCGCGUGGAAAUUAAUGUUC